CAAAUUUUUGGUGAAUUAUAAAGUUGUGCGAGAAGCUUCCAAAUCCGCUAAAAAGGUCAUUCGUCAAUUGUGAUAACAUUGCAUUCAUGCCGGAUAUUACAUUUACAAUCAGAAACAAAUCCUUCACCCUCUUUCCAGAACAGUACAUAAUUAAAGUAGAAGAAAAAUGCUCCACUGUCUGCCUUAGUGGAUUUACUGCUUUGGAUGUGCCUCCUCCACAAGGUCCUCUAUGGGUUCUCGGAGCUCUGUUCUUGGGAGCAUACCACACGGUGUUUGAUUUCGGUAAUCUCAGGGUAGGAUUCGCAAAAGCUACGUAGUGCAUAGACUUGAUUUCCCCCCGUUAUCCGUAAAAGAUUUAUGCUAAUACUAAACGAUUAUCGUAGAAUAUUAGAUAUUAUGGAUCAGUAAAUGUCCCAUUGGAUUAUGCAUUUCAAGUAUCCAAUGCGAUGCAUUAGGGCCUCCUGUAACUGUUUAUAAAUAAAAGACGUGCUGUUUGCUUGGUAUGAAUUGCAAUAAGAUGCAAAAACUGCAAAUA